AUGUCUUCAACAAGGGAAAGAUUAGAUCAAGCACGCUCCAAUGUUCAAAAACUUGAGAGACACGGAUUUAAUGAAAUGAUGUCAUUCUGCAGACCUCCAGCAAAAUUGCCAAUCAUGUUUUCCCUUGUGAUGAUCUUGUUGGAGAGUAAAAAGAACAUAGCCACUGAAGAGGAGGGUUUAUAUGAUUGGAAAGACAUAAUGAGAGAACUUACUGGAAGUGUGGAUAUUAGAUCGAGAAUUGUUGCUAUCGAGUCUGUAUCUAAGGAAACCUUAGAGAAGGCCACAAUUUUUGUAAAUAAUCAUCAAGGAAUUUUGGAGAAUAGUUAUGGCAAUAUUUCAAUGGUUGCAGAAAAGUUGUGUUCUUGGGUUGAUGCAUUGCUGGCACACUCAAAGCAAUAA